ACGUAUUUUCUCCCGCGCUCUCGUUCUCCCCCUCUUUUCUCUCUUCAACAAGAUUUCCCCAAAUUCAAAAAAUUAGAAACCCUAGAUCCCUCAAUUUGGCCGCAUUUGAAUUGGACCGGUCUAAAAGGGAGAAACACAAGAAAUCUGUCUGGUUUCUUUACGUUUCUCCCACGAAAUUUCGGCCGGUUUCUCUUCAAAUUAUCAGCUGCCGUUUUUAAUUUUGAAACCCCGUUCUUUAUCUCGUAAAAGGUUCUUUUUUCCGAAGGGUAAUGGUGUUGUGAUCCCAAAGCUUGAAUCUUUUUGAUGAAAUGUAUAGGAAGGCUGAUUUCAGAAAUGACGUGUUUGAAAAAAUUUGGAUUUUUGGGUAUCUUACUGAUGUUAUCUCAUGUACUUGCCUCGAGAGUUUUAGCGGGAAAGCACGGGAUGGAUGUCCGCCCGUUAUUGAGAUCGAAUUUCGAUGAGCAGACGGUAAUAAGGUGGAGCAGAUGUGGCUAGUUUGUGGUCUGGAUUUGGCUACUAUUAAAGAAGAGGUUCAAAGGUCAGAUCCUUACCUUGUCAAAAAAAUAUUACUAUCCAAAGGCAGUAUGCAAGAAGCCCUCGAUCUUCUGUCUCCAGGAAUUAACCCUAGCUUUCGUGAUUGUCUGGUCAAGCAAAACUUCCCCCUAUAUAAUUCAGCAGAUGACAGCCUAAGAAUUUGGUUUACCAAUUAUCUCGAGUCAUCACUUAGACAAUUGCCUUCUAUAAGAAGAUAUUUAGCUUCUAAGUCUUCUGAGGAGAUGUCCCCAAAUUCAGCGCCAGCUCCUUCUCCAAUUUCAGACCCUGAUGCUGAUUCAAAUCCGUCUUUGAUCCCGAGAGUCAAGCCAACUAAAAAUAGUCCACCAUCACCCUCAUCAGGGAGAGAAAAAGCUCCUUCAAAGGGUCCUAAGGGUCCUAAGGGAGUACAGCCAGCUUCAGAUAAUGGAGCCUCAGAUAAUGGAGUUGUAGCUUCAGAUAAUGGAGUUUUCUCUCAACAACCUGAUGAUAAAAUUCAGCGCCAAACUCCUCCUGUAAAUAAUCAAUUCAAUAACAGUGCAGUUAUUAUUGCUGUUGCUGUAACUGCAGCGGUGACUGCUGUAUGUGUUGCGCUUGUUUUCAUCUGCUAUUUUAGAUGGAAGGGAAAGAAUCGGUAUGCUGGCUAUAAAAUAAAGGAUGACAAGCCGCUUCUGGGUCUUAGUAUAAGCGAUUUAUCUGGUUCACAGAAGUCUACGGACACUCCUAGCAGUAUAUUAGCCCCACCAAAGCCUCUAAAAACUGAUCCAAGCCAAUGUAUUCAGGUUUCAUGCUCGGAUGGUUCGGCUGAGACUCAGUCGUUAGAUACUCCUGCUCCAAAACCACCACCACCUCCUCCGCCUAUGCCUCCUGUUAAACCUCCUCCGCCUCCUCCUGGCCCACCUCCACCACCAAAAUCCGGUCCUCGCCCUCCACCUCCACCAAAAGGUUCAGCUCCUCGACCCCCACCCGGAAAAAUCAACAUUACAAGGCCAAAUAAAGCCCCAGCACGUGCACCAAAUACGAAUGGGGAAGAUUCUGCAGAUGACGGAAAUGCCCCUAAGACCAAACUUAAGCCAUUCUUUUGGGAUAAGGUUCAGGCUAAACCUGAUCAGGCUAUGGUCUGGGAUAAGCUAAAAGCUGGUUCUUUCCAGUUUAAUGAGGAGAUGAUAGAAAGCCUAUUUGGUUACACCGAUAACAAAGAGGAGAAGAAGAUGUUGUCACAGAAGGAUAAUGCUGCUCACUAUGUCAGGAUCCUUGAGCCUAAAAAGUCACAGAACCUGUCUAUUUCUUUGAAAGCAAUGAGUGUAAAAUCAGAGGAAGUUCGUGAUGCACUUUUGGAAGGAAACGAGCUUCCAGCAGAGUUACUCAUUACAUUGCUGAAAAUGGCACCUACAACUGAAGAAGAACUGAAGAUUCGGCUUUUUGCUGAACCUUCUCAGCUUGGCCCUGCAGAACAAUUUAUAAGAGACAUAGUGGAUAUCCCAUUUGCUUAUCAGCGGAUGGAAGCUUUGCUUCUUAUGUCUUCUCUACCGGAGGAAGUUUCAAGCAUUUCUGAUGCCUUUUCAGCUUUAGAGGUAGCUUGUAAAGAGCUAAGAAACAGCCGCCUUUUCCUAAAACUCCUUGAAGCCGUCCUUAAAACAGGCAACCGCAUGAACGAUGGCACAUACAGAGGAGGAGCGCAAGCGUUUAAACUCGACACCCUCCUAAAACUCUCGGACGUCAGAGGAACCGACGGAAAAACAACGCUCCUCCACUUUGUCGUCUUAGAGAUCAUCCGUGCAGAAGGAGUACGCGCAGCCCGUGCAGCCCAAGAAAGUCGAAGCAGCGUUUCAAGCCUAACCUCUGAAGAUCUCCUCGACGAGCCUCCUUCUGACUCCGGAGACUAUUACCGAGCUCUUGGUCUUAAGGUCAUCUCGGGUUUGAGUAGUGAGCUCGAAAAUGUCAAAAAAGCUGCAGGGCUCGACACUGAUGCACUGACAAACACGGUGGCGAGCCUUGGUGAAAAGGUAUUGAAGACGAAGGAGUUUCUGAGGACCAAGAUGGAAAAUUGCGACGAGGAGGGUCGGUUUUUGCCAGCACUCAGAGCUUUUGUGGAGCAUGCGGAGGCUGAUGUAACUAGUUUGCUGGAGGAAGAGAAGAAGAUGAGGCUGCUGGUGAAGGAGACUACUGAUUAUUUUGAUGGGAACAGCGGGAAGGAUGAGGGCCUGAGGUUGUUCGUCAUCGUGAGGGAUUUUCUGGGCAUGAUUGAUAAAGUGUGUAGAGAAGUGAAGGUAUUGCCGAAGCCGAAGCCACAGAGAGCUAGAGAAAGUAUUGCAGCGUCGUCGUCGUCGCCAGCGAUGUCGCCCGCUAGAGACCCUCCCGUCAGAGAUCCUCGGCAGUUGCUGUUCCCGGCGAUCAAGGAUCAGCGAAGGGAGGGUUCGGAUUCUUCCGGUUCUGAUGAAGACGAUUAGCUGGAUGAGGAGGUGUUGUAUCCUCAGGUACGUUAAAUGAUUGAUGCAGUGGCCUCCAUUGGCUUGAUGAGACGGGCCUUCUUUCGUCGGCAGCGGUUAAUACGGGCAUCAACAACACGGACUGGCAUCGACCCACUUUGUAAAUGAAAAUUUUAGACUUAUUGAUUUAUUAUUUGUGCA